AAAUCUUCAUCUUCUCUGGCCCUGUGCUUCCUAUGCUUUAGCUUUUGUAAUGCUUGAGAAACUAUUUCUAUCAUUACAUGAUUGGGUUGCAAUAUCAAGUUGGCUAGUUAUUUUGAUAAGUAAAGCAAUGCAAUCAUUUAUAUAAGCCCAUAUAAAAUAAAUUAAUAUUUAAUAUACUUGACACUCUUUCCAAAUUUAAUAUGCUAUCAGAGCCCAAUUAAUUGUCAAGUACUAACCAUGUGGUUGCACUUGAGAGGGGGAGUGUUGGGAAUCCUACAUUGGAAAGGCAUAAGAACGAAAAGGUGCUUAUAAGGUGAUUAAGAUCAUAAUUGAUACUUGGAUGUCAAUUAGUUUUCAUUGGAGUUCAAAACUGGAACAGAAUGAAUUUUGGUUUCCGUGAAAGAUAAACCUUAUAUGCAAUGUAACUCUGAACUAUAGCUUUCUAUUCUCUCAUGCCCUUGCAGCAGCUAUGCCUUGUCAUUGUCUCCAUUCCUUCAUUACUUUCUUUGCUCGCACCCCCCCUGGCAUGUCUCUGUUUCAUCCUUGUGUUUGUUAUCACAAUGACUAAUGGAUGUGAAUUGCAACCCUCAGAAUUGGACAUAAAGAUAUUUUUAAUGAGGGGCACAAGGUGUGGCAUGGUUUCACAUGCUUUGACCAAGAUUGCUAAAUGGAAACCUCUAACCUGCUAGUUUUUGUGAAAUGGAGUUCAUGGGAAUCACUGCCCAGCAGAAUAUCAUUCUUUAAAUUUUUAAACACUUUUCUGCAGUGCCCACCAGCUUUGGAAGAGCAUGAAUCCUUAACAUCUCACAAUGGCGCAGCAUCUGCAUUCGCUGCAGGUCUACUAGCUGAAUUGAAUCUUAAUACAUCUACACCUGAUACUUUCCGGUCUCCUCCUGCGCCUCUGCCAUAUGAUGUGGUUUUGGGAGGUCUACUAUCUUCAGAUUCUGAAUCUGUUAGAGAAACAAUUAGUGGCGGUAGUUUUGAAACUUUAGCGACAUGUGAGGAUCUUGAGGAACCCGAUUGCAAAACUCUAGCAAGUUCUUUGCCCAUCUCACCAAAGAAGCCAGAAAUAUCAAAAUUAAAUGAAGCUAUUGUUUCAGCAACAGAAGAAGAGGAUGCUUGUCCCAUUUGUCUUGAAGAGUAUGACACACAGAAUCCACAAUUUAUCACCAAAUGUGAACAUCAUUUUCACCUGUCAUGCAUUCUGGAGUGGAUGGAAAGGAGUGACACCUGCCCCAUAUGUGAUCAGGAAAUGGUAUUUGACCAUGACUUCAAUUAGUAGAUCUUUUAUGAUUUUCAAGAAUGAAAUUCUUUUGCUGUUUCAAUUGAAAGCUUGCGUACUUAGUUUGCUGCUGUCCUGUGUAAGUGCUGUCUCACGACUGUUCAGUUGAGUUCCCAUGGGUUGUUUUACGUUUGGUCUUGGUUGGUUUGAAGAGUUUGAAGUACCAUAGUUUUAUGUUGAUCAUCUCUGAGAAGGUCAAGAGAAAAGGAACGGAUUUUUAGUGCAACAUGAAAACAAGUUACCUCUUCAUAUCCCUUUGUUAAUACCUUGGUGUAUAGUUUUCAAAUGGGCCUGCAGAGUACAGAUAGCCACAUUGUUAUCAAGAGUUCAGGAAGAACAACCUUAGAGGAAGUUUUACGCAAACAAAGUUACAUAACAAAGAUAAAGCAAAUGUUCAUUUCCGUCUCCAUGUUUAUGUGAAUGAACUACAAUUCCCUUUCUGUUGUAUUUGAUUGUUGUAUGCUGCUUAAAUUUGGAUUUUUUUUGUCAGUCUUUGUAAAUUAAAUCUGUUAGAUUUCGAAGGAUUCAGAAUUGGGAACCCAAUUAGUGUAUGGAAAAUGAAAAGAUAUACCAUGUUUAUAUGCAUUCAAAUUGGCUUGGCAUUGAA